GAUGGAUGCAUGAAUGGAUGGGUAGAUGAGUGGAUGGAAUGAUGGAUGGAUGUUAGAUGGAUGAGUGAGUGGGUAGAUGGAUGGAUAGAUGAAUGGAUGGAUGGGUCAAUGUUAGAUGGAUGGAUUGGUGGGUAUAUAGAUUGAUGGAUGGAUGGAUGAGUGGGUGGCUGGAUGCAUGGAUGGAUGGGUCAGUGUUAGAUGGAUGGAUUUUGGGUGGGUAAAUUGAUGGAUGGACAGGUGGAUGGGGGAUAGAAGAAUGAAUGUUAGAUGGAUGGUCAAGUGGGUGCAUAGAUGGUGAAUGGAUGAAUCCCCCUUGUUGAUAAUAAAUUCACGUGAACAUACUUUCUACAAUCCGUCUCCCGAGGGCGUGGCCCCGCCCUCCUUACUUUAGACCCCUCCUUCCCGCGUAUAUAACAAUUAUCAGUGCGUAAAGCCAUGUACUUUUGAUGCACGCCGGGAUGGUGCUGCUACUAUGCGCUUCUCUGACACACCUCCGCCUCCUCCUCUUCCUCCUCGUGUUCGUCCUCCAUCAGCGGCCUUGUGAAGAGCUCGGUUCUGGUUCUGUUCCAUGAGAAUGCUCCAGGAGGCUGCGACUCUGCUUCUUGCGAUUGUUUUGGAUAUGUUAACGGAACAUUUAGAGGUUGGAUCUGGCUGAUGAAGAUCUGACUCAAACUGUACUCUGUGUCAGAAUGAUGAAGAUCUAAUGAUGUAAUAAGUCACUUCAGAAACAGAAGGAUCUUUCAGACAAGUUGCAUCUGAGCGCCUGACGCAUGGUACCGGUCGGGUCUGAGGGGAUUCUUGGAUCAGACUGAUCACUUUUAGGAUUCAGACUCUUCUAACCAGAGAAGAAGUUCUGAUUCGCUGCUCUGGGACAGAAAAUGACCCUCCGGAUCCUCCGACUGGGUGUUCUUGUCGCGUGCGUCCUCUCCAGUCGCUGCGCCGCCGUGAACGACGCAGAGGCGCACCAGGAGCUGCGGGACACCUGCGCGUCCUGCGCCGCCCAGCCAGAGGACCCCGAGUCCGGACGCAUGGACGGAGACUUCCUGGAGGCUGUGAAGAGGCACAUCCUGAGCCGGCUGCAGCUGCGGGACCGGCCCAACAUCACGCACCCGGUUCCGAAGGCUGCUAUGGUUACGGCGCUGCGAAAGCUGCACGCGGGGAAGCUGCGCGAGGACGGCCGGGUGGAAAUUCCGAACUUGGACGGACAUCCAAUGAGCAACGAGGUUCUGGAGGAGAGUUCGGAGAUCAUAAGCUUCGCCGAAAAAGAAACCUUCCAUGUGGUUUUUGAGUCAACCUGUGAUGAAUUUUGGUUCUGCUCCUCAGAUGACCUCGUCAUGUCCAAAUCCAGCCUCUUCUUCCUGAUCUCCAACGAGGGGAACCAGAACCUCCAGGUGACCCGGGCCACCCUCUGGCUGUACUUCAAGCUGCUGCUGCCUAUUGUGGAGCCGCGUGGACGGAGGAAGGUGAUGGUAAAAGUUUACUACCAGGAACCAGGCUUUGGCAGCAAAUGGGACCUAGUGGAGAAGCGGGUGGAGCUGAGACGCAGCGGCUGGCAUACCUUCACCCUCACCAGCGCUGUCCGUUUGGCAUUUGAGACCGGCACCGAUAGGCGACAGAAUCUGGACAUACGCUGCGAGGGCUGCGAGACUGAGGGAGUGGUGCCGGUUCUGCUGGACCUGAGCGAUGAAUCCCACCGGCCCUUCCUGGUGGUGCGGGCCAGGCAGGCCGAAGGUCAGCACCGGAUCCGGAAGCGAGGGCUGGAGUGUGAUGGCAGUAACGAUCUGUGCUGUCGUCAGCGGUUUUAUAUCGACUUCCGGCUCAUUGGCUGGAAUGACUGGAUCAUCGCACCAUCUGGGUACUUCGGGAACUAUUGUGAGGGGAGCUGCCCGGCCUACAUGGCCGGCGUUCCCGGUUCUGCAUCUUCCUUCCACACGGCGGUGGUGAACCAGUACCGAAUGCGGGGCAUGAGUCCUGGGUCCAUGAACUCUUGCUGCAUCCCCACCAAGCUCAGCAUGAUGUCUAUGCUCUACUUUGAUGAUGAGUACAACAUUGUGAAACGAGAUGUUCCCAACAUGAUCGUGGACGAGUGUGGCUGCGCCUGAGUCUCCGGUUCUGAAUCUCUACAUGGAUAUGAAACAGAAUAUUUAUGGAGAAACUAGCACAUCCUCCUCAUCCUCACGGGAAGAGGCGUGUAAAUAUAUUUAUCGUGUUUUCUGUCCAGACAGACGGGAACCUUUUCCAGUUGGAAAACAAUCAUCUCCUAGUCUCCAUCUCUGAGAUGGAGAGAAGGCCGGUUGAUCUGUUACUGAGCAGAAACUUUGAUCCUUUUAGAGCUCUGUCGACAUUCAGCACUUCAUUCUGACUGCUCCACCACAAGUCCAACUUCCUCUAAAGAAAGACCCGAUCCAGAUCCUGGUCCUGGAGGAAGAACAUGUCCAACUCUAGUCUAGAGGUCUCUAUUUGAAGCUCAACUCACAGACGUGGGUUUAUCUAAACAGCUUUAUGUUUUAUUGUUAUUCAGCUGCUGCGAAACAUCAGGGCGAUUUCAGGAGAAGACUUGAAUCUAAGGACGGUUUGGUCCAAACCACUAAAAGGAUGAGAACUCAUAACCACCUUCUGGUCCCAAAUGGUUCCUUCUGCUGACAGACGGAACGUCAGAAGGUAUAAAACAACCAGAAGCUGAUAUCUGGUUUUUAUUUAUAGGCAAAGACCUUCCUCCCAAAAAGCCUUCCAAAGCCGUUAGUGGUUCCUCCUUGUGUCCCUCAGUCCUUAGAAAAGAAAACAUCAGCUAUGCAAUGUAGAGUCUGACCCAUGUGUUGCCUAGAAGCAGGACAGACUAUCACCUGGACCCAGAAGGUGAGAGGGGUCAGUAGAGGUCAGGUUCAGAUUCAGGCGGGAGGUCGUUAUGAGAAUGACCUGCUUGCUUGUGUUCUUGGACAGAAGUUUUGCAAGAUUUUACUGGAUGAAAAAUAAAACAAACAUCACAUACCUUAAAACACAAACAAAGAGGGAAAAUCAAGUACAAUCAAAGGAAACAGUGAUUUUAAUAUCCUAACAGAAACCUGGAGACCUGGUGCGCCUCGUGAUUUUUAUCUUGAGAGGCGCUAUAGAAAAGAUCUUUUCUUUUUCUUCUUCUUCUUCUGGUGGAAGACUCGAGUCAUCAGAUGACUUGUUGUGUUUUCUGAGACCGGUCUCCCCUGUGAGUGAGGCGACCCGGGGCUAAUGCUGACCCACAUGUGGAUCCUGAACCAGGUUCUUAAUGACUGGGUCCCUGUGGAGUCCCACUGCAGCACAUUAACACACUUUAACACAAACUUCAAAGCCUCAGACACUUUGAGCGACUUGCUAUCCUUCAGGUCUUCAUACCUGACCCCCGACCCUGGCCCUCUCGACUCCUCCCCAGACUGAGCAUUAAUUGGAUUAUUUGCACUGUGUGAUGAUAGAAUUAUUUUUGUAGAACCCAGGUGGACUCUGUUGGGAUGUUUGACCAAAGAGCGGCCUCAGACCACAAUAUUUGUUUGCAACUGUUGGAAAAGAAAUGUCCUAAUGAGGCUUUUAAGGGCUUGUUGUGUCUGACUCCAACUCAAACACGAGUCUGACUUUUGAGGUUGUCUAUGAAGAAACUUAAGUUUAUUAAAUUCAAUCAGAAACAGUUGUGUGUUGCAUGUUUAUCAGUCAGGACGUUGAGCUGGUUCCAUUUGAUUUAUUCACAUGAAGUUUAAAUUAUUUUCUGAUUUCUUUAAUAUUUUACAUUAAACAACUUUAAGAAACACGUGUUUUAAAUGUGUUGUAGGAAUAAAUUGGAUCGGGUCAAAUAAAGUAUAUUUCUUCAAAUCA